AUGGACGCAGCUCUACAGUGCACUUUGUGCUCAAACAGGUACAAUACAGCAGAUCGUAUCCCUAGAUUCCUUCCUUGUGGCCACACAUUUUGUAAUUCUUGUUUAAUAUCAAUCCUUGCUCAUCCAUCUCCUGAAUGUCCAGAUGAUUCGGUCGCUAUACCAUACUCAUCUCCAGACCUCCUACCAAAGAACGUGUUGCUUCUAAAAUUAAUCAUUUCUAUAUGAUUAUAAAAGAAAAUUCUUAACUCUCCCCUCUCCUUAUGCGAAUAAAACCAUUGGAAAAAAAAUCCUUUUUUUGCCCAAGUCCAAUAAAUUUUAAAUAUAAACAUUUUUUAUGAAAAUAUAUUUUGAUAUAUAAGUGAUAAUUAGUAUAAUUAAAUAUCUAGCUAAUUAUGUUCAAUUUUAAAAGCUCCAUUAAAAUAUAAAUUUUACAAAUUAAAUUAAUUAAAAAAAAAAAUAACCCUCCAUGAGGGAAGAAAUUUUUCUGUUAGGAGUAAGAUAGAUUUUGAUUCAUAAAGAAAAUAUAUUUUUAGAAGAAUAAAAUAUUAGCUCAUAAAUAGAUUUUAGAGUAGUUUCUAAAACUAAACAAAUUUUAUGCACUGAACACAAGAAAAAAUUAGAAUACGUUUGUAUGACUGAAAAAAUUAAAAUUUGUUCCUAUUGCGCUUUGCUUGGUGCUCAUAAAGAUCAUGAUGUGAAGCCUCUAGAAGAAAUAAUGAACGAAGUACAUAUGAGGGCAAGAUGCCUUUUAGACAUGCUAGAAAUGAUGGACCGCACUGAAAUCGAAAUAGAUGGCACUGUCAUGGAUUAUUUAGAAAAGGUCAAUAAAAAGUUCGUGCAGAAAAAGAGUGAAACUGAAGAGAAAAUAAAGAAAAAAUUCAAAAAAAUAAGGAAAUUAAUCGAUACACUGGAAAAAUCAACUUUAGAAACAGUCGCGAAAAACAUUGAAUUCAUUGAAAGUGCCAUCACCGCAGCUAAAGAGACUCCUAAAAGAAUAUGUGCGCAGUCACGGGAGUGGAAAGAUGUCGCAAGAGAUGUCCUGGACCUCGUAGAUGCAAGAUGUGAGGACCCAAAUAGUGUGGUUUUUGAAAUUUUAGGGAAGGAUACAAAUGAUUUGCUGAGUUUUGGAGAAAAGCUGCUGACUGAGCUAGAUGGAGCAAGAGCGAUCACAAAUCAGAAAUUUGAUGACAUGAUUGAGAGUUUGAAAGUAGAGUUUGCUGAAAAGGGAGUUAAUAACUUAUGCAAGGUAUAUCCUUUGAGUACAUUCAAUUUUAAACAAGAAGAGCCACAAACUGAGUCACUAAUAGGUCACUCUCCUGACUCAAGUUUAGUUUAA